UUAAUCGCUAAGAUUGGGUUAAAAUAAUUUAUUAGUUUCAAUCUAGAAUGUACACGAGCUAGAAUUUGGAAUCGAUUCUGACUUAAAUUUUUUUGGGUGUGUGCGGAUAAAUGCUCGAUCCUCGAUUGAUUAUUCAGUUUCCAUAUAAAUUCGAAUUCUGCGGAUGAUUCCAUUUCUUAGUAGAGAGAUUCUCUCACUCUCCGUCUCUCUAAAUUGAUCCAUUCCUUAACAUGUGGUGUUUCGUUUCUAUUUCUUUCGCUUUCCGAUCGAUACCCCUUUCCCUCCAAUCUUCCAAUACUUCCGAUUCUCACCCAUUCAUGUAAUUUUCGUAUUAUCCCUCAUUUUUACUGAAAUUCCGAUUUGAUUUUACCCCUAAUUCCGUGGAAAUCGGGUUUCGAUUUGAUCAUCUGGAUAUUAAAAUAUUCUUCUGGGGUUUCGAUUUGUUCAUCUGGGUAUUAGAAUUUUCUUCUGGUGUUCUUGCGAUGAAGAUCGUGGAAUUGGAAGAUGCUGGGAAUGAUCGGGAAAAUGAAAUGGGUAGCGGUCAGAUUGUGAAGGUCGAUGCCAAAAGAGCGUUGGUUGGGGCUGGGGCUCGAAUCCUGUUUUACCCUACCCUUCUGUAUAACGUUCUUCGGAACAAAAUGGAGGCUGAAUUCAGAUGGUGGGAUGAAAUCGAUCAGUUUCUUUUGCUCGGUGCAGUGCCGUUCCCCAAAGACGUGCCGAGGUUGAAGGAGCUCGGUGUCGGCGGUGUCAUCACUCUCAAUGAACCUUAUGAAACAUUAGUUCCAUCUUCGUUGUAUUAUCGCUAUGGAAUCGACCAUUUAAAGAUCCCGACGAGAGAUUAUUGUUUUGCUCCGAAAUUUUCUGACAUUAGCCGAGCUGUGGACUUCAUUCACAGAAACGCGAUGUGUGGUAAAACAACGUACGUCCAUUGUAAAGCGGGACGAGGAAGGAGCACGACCAUUGUGCUUUGCUAUUUGGUCAAAUAUAAGCACAUGACCCCAUCUGCUGCGCUGGAAUACGUGCGCUCGAGAAGACCACGGGUGUUGCUCGCCCCCUCACAGUGGGAGGCUGUUCAAGAAUACAGCAACCGGCGACCCGUUGCAAGUUCUAGCCCUCCCUCAGGAGGAGAUGCAGUCCUGAUUACGAAAGACGAUCUAGAAGGAUAUCACGGUACGUGCAUCGACAGUGCAGGUAGAGAACUUGCAGUUGGCCCUUGGAUGGGUAAGUCAAAGCCAAUGAUAGCAAGGUUGUCCUGCCUCUUUUCAUCGUUGAUAGUUCAUGGCAGCAGCGGAUCUCUCAUGAAGCGUCUGCCGGUGUCGGAGGCUCGUGCUUGUUGACGAUCAACUUAUGACCAUAGCACACGCCUUGUCAUGGAAGUAAGAAUCAAACUCUUAAGGCUCAAACAGAGUCGUUUUUCUUAAGUUGGUAGUAGAACACCACCAAAUAGUGACACUACUAGGUUGUACAUAACUGCUACAUCAAAAUUUUCACUUCCCUUAGAAUCAUCUUCUCAAUAAAACCUUGUGGUUUGUUCUGAUGGAAAA